AUGUCUCAAUUCGUUUUUAAAUACUUAGCAAACAGACUCCUCCGUGACAACCAGUUAAACAAAUUUGGGGUCGAGGAUCCCUACUAUGAGUACAUCCCAUUAGACGAACAGGGCAAACGUACAAAAAAAGUUAAGAGAAGAACUCCUGCAGGAUUAUCUACCAAAGAUAUUGAUGUCUUGGACACCCUUAGGAAAAAAGCAUAUCGUUAUGACAUGUGGUUUAACUUCCUUGGAGUUAAGUUUGGUUGGUCAAAUGUAGUAGGAAUAAUUCCAAUAGCAGGUCUGAUUGUAGCUACAUAUUGGUCGUUAACUAUGCUUGUCGCUGCCAGGCAGUUAGAGGAUGGGUUGCCAUUAGACAUCCAUUUUAUCUUCAUUUUCAACGUUCUAAUUGACUUUUUGCUUGGUUUAAUUCCAAUUGUAGGAGACUUGAUUGAAAUUGGUUAUAAGGCUAACUCAAGAAAUUUCUUACUUAUUGAAAAACAUCUUGAAAGAGUUGGUCAAAAGAACUUGGGGCUCAUUGAGCCAAAUGAAGUUCGCCCAAGCUUUAUCAACGAUAAAGUACAACCAGUUUUUGAAGAGAAAAUUGUACCUGGCACAAUUAAGGCUGGUGAACAGAUUAAGAAUUUCGUAAAUGAUCAAUAUAAUUCAAUUCAGAAGAAGAAAAAGAGUACCCUGAACACCCUGUUGAAUACCAGCCUGGUGCGCCCUGGCUCUAGCGCUUCUGCAUCUGCGACCACUCAGACAAGCUCCCACACUGUACUUCCACACUCAGUUGAUACUGCAGACUCCACUGCUGUGAAUUCAUUUGAAGACGAUUCAAAGAGCAUUAAAAGUGUUAAGAGCUUGAAUAAGAGGUACCAGGAAACUGAAAAUGAUACUGGGACUGAAACCUAG